GACGACGACGAAGACGAAGACGAGGACAAAGACAAGGACGACAGCUAACCGAGAGAAGAGCAGAACAAUAGAACAACACACGAGUAAAGUGAAAUCACAAAACAAAGAUAUCCGUUUACUUUUGGAUAAUGCAUUAGUGUAGUCUUUUAAAUUUUCGCCAUGGGAAAUCUCAAAUGUGACGCGAUAAAUGUGUAAAAGCUUACGUCCCGUAAUGCGACACUAAAUACAAAUAAUCUACGGAUGCGUUGCUUCCACCUUCUUUUUUUCUCAUACAACGCUUUUUCGAGCUGAUUGGCUUUACGCAAGAACGAGUCCAAGUGCUGAUUUAGUUGCUUUCUUCCAUCUCUUGGCAGGACUUUUCAAUGAAGUGGAAAUGGAUUAGAGUUGUAGUAAUGGAGAGGGCUCGUAAUGCAAGACCCGAAGCGAAGUUUAUCCUUUAAAACCGAAUGACUGAAUGUGAUCUUACAGAAUUCACAACAAUGCAUUAUACCUCAACAAGUGAUACACUAAUUUGAGGUUAGAAGUUAUCAUGAACGCGAGAACGCAACUAUUUGAGCUGAGUAUGGAGGGCCGGCAAGUAGAUGAGGCGGUGGCCAGCAUCUUUCAUAGCGUCCUCUUCCACCGGAGCCUUGGUAAGUUCAAGUACAAAGAGGAAGGCACUUACUCGGUUGGUACGGUGGGCUACCAAGACGUAGACUGCGACUUCAUCGACUUCACCUACGUGUGCUGUUCAUCGAUUCUCUUAGAUCAGACUCUUAAACGUGAAAUCUCCGGUUUCUCAGAGGCUUUACGUUCAACUGGGAGCCCAGGCUCAGGUCAAAUAUCCUUGGAGUUUUUUCAAAAGAAAAAGAAUCGAUGGCCUUUUCCACCAGAGUGCAUUCCUUGGGAGGUGUGGACCGUCAGGCUCGAAUUGAUUAAAUUAGCCACGGAACACGAAAGACAGAUCUGUCGCGAGAAAGUCGGCGACUUAUUAACGGAUAAAAUUUUGUAUAUAACUGAGGUGAUGAAUCGACACGACUAUUUACCGAAGAUGCCAAAUCAAGCUGAGCUUGAUCUCAUCUUCGAUACCUCGUAUCCAGAUAUACAGCCCUAUUUAUUCAAGCUCUCGUUCACAACCUCUGGACCAUCCAGUACCACUAUGGGGAAUACCAUGAAAAAACUGAUCAAGGAAACUUUGUCAAUGUAGUUGUGAUGUAUAGUUGAAGGAUACGUUGUUAUUUAGUUUUGAUUUCUUAAUUCAUUUUGUUUUCGAGCGUAUACCAUUCUUGUUUUAUAAUGCUGAUUGUAUAUUAUUUCUAAUAUGCUUAAAUAGUUGUUAUUAAUUGAGAGAAAUAAUUCUAUGAUAUUUUU